AUGUAUAAUAGUUUUGAUAUGGAUUAUGAUACCCCUGAAUUAAGUGAAGAAGCUCAACGAAGAAUAGCCACAAUUGUUACCCAAGUUGAGAACAACAAUUAUCAUGAAGAGGAAGAAUAUGUGUUAAGCAGUGUAUUGGUACACCAUGAAACUUAUUUCACUAUGCAACCGCGUAUGGAUUCAAAUUAUACAGGUCAAAUGUGGGUGGAUGAAGUAUUAAAUGGGCACGAUGAUCGUUGCAUGAAUAGUUUUAGGAUGCCAAAAGAUAUAUUUCACAGCUUGUUGUAUGAUUUGCAAACAAAUUAUGGCUUAAAGAAUGGGAAAGUAUCGGCAAUGGAGAAGUUAGCAUUAUCAUUGUACAUUCUUGGAAAUAGAGAAUCAAAUUCAAAUGCAACAGAGCGAUUUCAACGAUCUAGGGAAACUGUUUGUCGAAUUUUUACUGAUAUGUUGCAUAUAUUUGCUCGAAUGGGAAUAGACACGAUUAAACCCACUGAAGGUCAAUUCGAGGAAGUACCGAACCAUAUUCGACAUGAUACAAGAUAUUGGCCUCACUUUAAGGAUUGUAUUGGGGCCAUAGAUGGAACACACAUAAAAGCAUGCAUUUCGCCUUCUUGUCAAAUACCUUAUAUCGGACGGAAAGGAACAGCACAUGAUAGUAGAAUUUUUUUGCAAGCACUUAGAAAACAAGAGUUGAAGUUUCCUCACCCUCCACCAGGAAAAUAUUAUCUUGUGGAUUCAGGAUAUCCACAAAUAGCAGGUCUUCUAGGUCCAUAUGGAGGGAACGAUAUCAUUUACCUGAUUUUCGUGGAGGUAAUGAUCAAGUAUCUGGAAAAAAAGAAAUCUUUAAUCAUUCUCAUUCUUCGUUACGCUCUGUGA